AAGAUGUGCUGCUGGUUCAUAGCUGUGCACACUAGAUGUGCUGCUGUCUAAGGCACAACUGUCAAUUGAUGAGUAAGAAAAAUAUGUCUGCCUUUAUUGCAGCACUACUGGUAUUAACAGCAACGUCACAAGUUAUGGUCUCUGCGUGCAGACUUGAACAGCAACACGUUGUCCAAUGCUACGGAGCUUUGGGGAAAUCAGUCAUCAUACACCUGGGCAUUGACACUAAUGAUGUACAAAUAAAGAUGAAGACUGGAGAAAGGAACAUUCUAACCUAUAAAAAUGGCAUAAUAGCUCAUUCUCAACAUGCCAACCACUCAUGGUCUAUCUAUAAUGGGACAUUGAAGUGGGGCAGAGCUUUGAAAAAUGAUUCGGAGGAAUACACGGUAGAGGUCUUUACUAAGGAUGGACGGCUUCUGUUGUCUCGAAAAAUAAAACUCAUCAUUCAAGCGCCCCUGUCUAAAGCGAUCAUAUCCCAGCUGUGCUUACCUCACGGAGAAAUCAGGGCGUCCUGUUCUUCGGAUGGCGAUGUUACUGAGUACAACUGGACAUUGAGGGACAGGCCCCUGGAUGCAGGCCUGGCCUACCUGACAGAAGAGAUGGACACGGUCAUUCUGAGGAAGAAUGUGUGCGGAAACAUCACCUGCUCCGUCCAGAAUCAUUUCAGCAGCACAUUUACCACGGUUCAACUGUCUGCUUGCUCAGAUCUGGGAAACAAGGAAAACAUAAACCAGCAUUCAGAUAAAGGAGCAACAUGUGUGGGAAUUGUCACAGUGUCUGUAGCUAUCUGUGCUGUCAUCACAGUUUUUGCACUGACAACAACAACAUACUGUCUCAACCAAAAGAGAAACAGAACUGGGGUCACAGCUGAAGGUGACAAAAACACUCAGGAGCUGGUCUACACUGAGGUCAUAUGCCUCAAUAGAGCCAAGGGGGCGGGGAGGCUGGAGAAAGAGCCAGAGUCAAGGGUCAUUUACGGACAAAUUAAAGUUCCUGAUGGACCUGGACACUCGGAGGGGAGAGCCCAUGGCCAAGAGGAUGCCGUGUACACAAGACUUAAAAAAAAGAAAAAAAAAGAAAAACGGCCAAUUACCGAGGAGAUGACAUACAUAGCAUAAGCCAAUCAAAAUAGGAUGUGACCAACAGUGCAAGCAACUCACAAAUAGCAUGUACAGUUGUUUUAGUUUUCUUCUUUUAAUGUUGUAUGUGUGACCUACCAUUGAAAUGACAUUUACGCAUUACAUAAGAAUAGUUAUACUAUGUAUUAUGAGAGCUUGCCGGUGUACAACUAUGAUGUAGAUUUUAGUACAAUUUGUGUUCACUGUCCCAUAUUGAAAUGGAAUAUUCUGAAAAUAUUUUAAAAUAUUACACACAUGCAUGACUACACACACACACUCAAUUUAUGUUCUGCCCAUUUAUAAUUAUAAUUCUUGCUAUUUAUGAAAAACGUUGAGAGUCAAAAAAUAUAUAUAUAUUAUUUUUUUCCUAUUUUUGACUAUUAAGUGAUCUGGGCUGCAAGCCAUUUAUUAUAAUUAUUGCAGUAAUUAUAAUUAUGAUAAUUUUGUCCAGUCAUAAAAUUUUUACAUUGCUCUUAUCUGAAAUGUGAAAACUGUAAAUAAAAUCUUUACUUUCUUCUCCAA